AUGAUGCUUUUCGAAGCCCUCAAGAAACUGCUAAGAGACAUUCUUGGUCUUCUCAACAGUGAUGACACACUUCAUUCACUGAUGAGGGUUUUCUUCCGAGGGACGCCAGUUGCGCGUCUGACGGACGCCUCCGCAGAGGGCUCGUCCGUUGAUCCCCAUCCCCUCCUUUCCUCCCCAGCACUCGAAAGCGGUGAACUGGUGACUGGAGUGCAGUCUUCCUUCGACUCAUCGACAAGUUCUCUGAAAACGGACGAAGUUGAUCAACAUGGAAACGCAGACGCCGUCAGCAUCGCCAUUCAGAGCAAUCUCAAGGAGGCUUUCCGCGUGUCGAAGGCGACUCUGUGCACCGCAAAGCUGUCCCAAGACGGCUACUCUACCGACAGCUUCAAUACCACGAAAGCUGUAGAGUUCCAGCAAGAUAAUGCCUCGGAGCCAGUCUCCGAGCAAGCGGAUGAAAUCCCCGAGAAAAGCAACAGCCUUAUCAUCCCCAAAAAGGAGGAUUCUCCUCCAACAGAGUGUCCAAGGACCGCCAGUGAUGAUGAUGACAUGUGUCCUCUGUACCGCCUCUGUCCUCAACUUGCUCCAGGAGCAAAGAACAAACUGCACCCCUCUUCUCCCCUUCACACUCGCGUGGAGGGAAAGGUUCUCUUCGACUCACCUCUGUUCAGUGAAGACGACUUUGAGCUGAGAGUGGAAAAGGAGAAGGUGUGCCUCGAGUUUGUAUACCUGGAGGGGAAAAUGGUUGAAGGGUUCAUCCGAGUCGCAAACACUGGCUACGAGAAGGAGGUGAUGGUGCUGUACACCUUAGAGAAACCCGACUGGAAAGUCGGUUCCAGCUGCAAGGCAAAGUGGGAGGAAAGUGUGUGCGACGAUACUAUGGACCGAUUCUUCUUCUGCUUCGACGGACUGGAGACCGUUGGCAAUGUCUCCUUUCGAAUCUCCUACAACGGGACUUUCACAGACGACAACAGUGGCCAAAACUACACUAUCGCCUAUGCAUUGCCAUCUUCCGGCACAUCCGAAAGUUCCCCGAAAACAGACAACGUUGAUCAAUGUUGUCAAUAUGAAGAUUCGGACGCCGUGACCAUCGCCAUUCAGAGCAGUCUGAAGGAGGCUUUCCGCGUGUGGAAGGAAACUGAGUUCACUGAAAAACCCUCCAAAAACCGCUACUCUACCAACAGCUUCAAGACCACGAAAACGAUAGGGAUUAAGCAAGAAAAUGCCUCAGUCUUGGUCUCCAAGCAAACGGAGAAAACCGACAGCCAUAUCAUUCCCAAAAAGGAGGAUUAUCCUCCACUAGAGUGUCCGAGGACCGCCAGUGAUGAUGAGGAGAUGUGUCCUCUGUACCGCCUCUGUCCUCAACUUGCUCCAGGAGCAAAGAACAAGAUGUACCCAUCUUCUCCCCUUCACACUCGCGUGGAGGGAAAGGUUCUUUUCGACUCGCCUCUGUCCUGCGAAAAAGACUUUGAGCUGAGGGUGACAAAGGAGAAAGUGUGCCUCGAAUAUGUACAGCUGGAAGAGAGAAUGAUUCGAGGGUUCAUCCGAGUCGCAAACACUGGCUACGAGAAGGAGGUGAUGGUGCUGUACACCAUAGAGAAACCAAACUGGAAAGUGGGUUCCAGCUGCAAGGCAAAGUGGGAGGAAAGUGUGUGCGACGGUACUAUGGACCGAUUCUUCUUCUGCUUCGACGGACUGGAGACCGUUGGCAAGGUCUCCUUUAGAAUCUCCUACAACGGGACUUUCACAGACGACAACAAUGGACAAAACUACACUGUCGCCUAUGCAUAA